AUGCAUUUCACCGCCGUCCUCGUUGCUGCCAUCGCCUGCGUGACUGGUGUCACUGCCGACCUCCACGACCACGCGUGGUGUGCGAACCGUGAAUUCAAGGGAAACCAAGAGUCAAACCCUGAGGUACGUGUAGCUCUGUCGCUCGCCGUACUCCUUUCUGUUGCUCACACUAGUGGUUCCCAGAACAACGCAGCCACCGAUGCUGCCUGCAUAAAGUACAGGAACCGCAACACCGGCAAGGAGCAGUGGGAUACAUGCCCUGACUGCACGUCCGGCGUGUUGGCUGACUUUACGACCCAGAGCUCCCGUGGAGACCUUAGGGUCUGCAACUCUCCGGGAUGGCACAUUGGUGGUGAUGAGUGGGAAUACUACUGCAAGCAGAGUGGUGCCGACCUCGGCAAGGCCUAG